AGUUGUGUAUUUUCUCUAUAUAACUAACUCUACCUUACCUGACUUACAACCUUCUCUGUCCCUCCUCCCAUCCUCACAUUCCAACUUUGCAUUUUGUUUUCAAUUAACAACACAACACAACUAACUCUUCAACACAACCAUUUAAGUACUCUCACAAUUUCUCUCAACUCAUUUCAAUACACUCCUCAAAAACCCUUCCUUCUACUACUACUACUACUCUCUUUUUUUUGUUUUUCUAAUUUCUAAUGGAAAUUCAAACUCAUUCAACCUUUGAUCUUAACCCAGAUCCAAACCCUUCUUCAUUCUCAUACGACAUUCAUCCUUCCGAUUUCCGGACCUCCAACUACCCUGACCCGACAUUACAUGAUGAUGAUCCGCCAAUAUCCACAACUUUUCAGUUUUCUGAACCACACGCGCUUCAAAGCGCGUGGUCUGUUUUCAACGCUGCUCUUCUUGUUCAAAAGGUUUAUCGUGGUUACCGUACUCGCCGGAGGUUGGCUGAUUCCGCCGUCGUCGCCGAAGAACUAUGGUGGCAAGCAAUAGAUUUUGUGCGGUUGAAUCACAGCACAAUUUCCUUCUUUAAUUUACCUGAAACUGCUCAAUCUCGCUGGACUCGGGUCAAACUCAACGCUUCCAAGGUCGGUAAGGGAUUAUCCUUAGACGCCAAAGCACAGAAAUUGGCUUUUCAGCAUUGGAUUGAAGCUAUUGAUCCACGCCACCGUUAUGGACACAACUUGCAUUAUUACUAUGAAGAAUGGUGCAAAACUGAUUCUGGUCAACCAUUCUUUUAUUGGUUGGAUUUGGGAAACGGGAAAACUCUUGAUCUUGAUCGAUGUUCUCGGUCAAAGCUUCGAAAACAAUGCAUAAAGUAUCUUGGACCUCAAGAGAGAGAUAACUAUGAAUAUAUUGUCUCCGAGGGAAAACUUAUCAACAACCAAUCUGGAGAUUUUCUUCAUACAAAGCAUGACUCUGAAAAUGCCAAGUGGAUAUUUGUAAUGAGCACCUCUAAGAAACUUUAUGCUGGCAAGAAAAAGAAGGGAUUAUUCCAUCAUUCAUCUUUCUUGGCUGGUGGAGCUACCUUAGCUGCUGGACGGCUCGAAGCUGAAGAUGGGAUUCUGAAGUCCAUCUCUGCAUAUAGUGGACACUAUCGACCAACAGACGAGACACUCGAGACCUUCUUAACAUAUCUCAAGGAAAAUGGUGUUCAUCUUGAUGAAGUAGAGAUACGCAAGCCAAAUGAUGACAUUGAUAAUUAUGAGGAGGGUAAACUUGGCGAGAGAUCCUUAACAUCUGAAAUUUCUAUCACCUCUAGCAUACCUGAGGAAACUGAGAAUACUCCAUCUGAAGAUAAGGAAGACAAUAAGGAAGAUGCUCCACUAUCCGAAUUGGCUGUUGGUAGUUACAAAAGAACACUAUCAGGUGGUCUUCAGAGUCCAAGAGCGACUGAUGUGCCCAAGAAUUCUAUAUUGCAAAGGAUCAAUUCAAAGAAGGGUUCAAAAUCCUACCAAUUAGGACAUAGACUUUCACGUAAAUGGUCAACUGGAGCAGGACCGAGAAUUGGGUGUGUUAACGAUUACCCUGUGGAGCUUAGACUACAAGCCUUGGAAAUGCUUCACCUUUCUCCAAAACUUCCACCCUCUCCUUUGUCUUACAUGUUAAUCAGCGGUCUUGUUUCGCCUUCAGCUCCUCCAACUCCUCCAACGCCCAAUACGGUGCGAAUUUUCAAUGAUGAGAGUUUGGUUAAUUGAACUGAACUACUACUGAUCUUAGGAUUAUGCUUCCAUCUCAGUUUAGUGAUGCUUAAAUAUAUCUCAGUUUAGUGAUGCUCUAAAUUUUCCUUCUCAAAUGCUGAGGACUUGGUAUUGUGUAAUAAAAAUAAAAUCAAAACUAAUUUCUUUUUACCA